GGCGGCGGCGGCGGCGGCGGCGGCGGCGGCGGGGUGGGGGAAAGGUGAGCAGGGAGAUGCCCCCUCAAUGCGUCCAGGUUCUGUGAACGUCGCCGUCGGGGUUUAGAGCUGGGACGCAGCGCUCUCGGCCUCCCAAUUUCAAAAGUUUCUUUAUUUGUCUGAGGGCUUUCUUCCGGUGGAUUCUACAUUCAGGCACUUACUUGGCCACCCAUUCACCCUUCAAGGGUCCUCGCCACCCUCCCGCCGCUAAUUAAGUGACGGACACAGUAGCCAAGGCAACCGCCUGAUUGACAGGCAUAAUUACCAACCAACUUCCGGCAACUUCUGUCUGGGCCCGCCCAGCGCGUGGCCGGUGGCCCAAUGAAAGAAGUGAAAGCGCCAAAGGGGACGGUAACGGAGCAGACUUGGUUGUGGCGGUUCCCCGGUGAUUGCGCGCUGUGGGCUGAGGCGUUUACGGUGGUCGGACUAUGCUGUGACGUAACAUAGCGACAGCGUUGGCAGUGUGAGCGCACUCCUGUGGAGGGACCCCUUGGUCACGGAGGUGCCGUGGUGUGGAGGCAGGUUGCUAUUUGUGGGCUUUCCCUCGGAGCCCUUCACGAGUGGGGGAGGGGCAGCGGACGACGAGCGGCUACGGUCUGCGCUUGCGCCGGCAUCUCUGCUCUCCCGGCCCGCACGCACGCGCAUGCCCGCUGCGCGCGGAGCCGCGGUGACCGGCAGCACUGCGCGUGCGCGCCGAGGAGCCCGCUGAGGAGCGGCGCUGGCGGACGUCGGGCGGGCGGCGCGUGACGUCGUGAGGAGCGCUUUAAAGUGCGGGUCGGGCCGGGCAUCCGGGGGUCUGGCCGGGUGUCAGGCGGAUCCUCCGCAGCGGCCCUCCGCGGUAUGAGGCGCUGCCGGUGCCCUUGCCCCCUGGGACGUGGAGAAGGUGGAGGAGGAGAAAGCCCCGUUGCCGCCACCGCUGCAUGACCCGCUGCCCCUGAGGUUCGAUCCUUUGCCUAGCUCCUCGACUCCCUCCACCAGACCCCCGGCCUCGCAUGGGGGCCUUGCGUUGAGGACUUUCUUUUCUCCGGGGGCCCCAGGGCACGUCCCCCGAGAGCCAUGCCCGGCCGCCCUGCCCGCCCCGGAGGACCCUAGAACAGCGUCGCGGGGCCAUGGCGGCCGCCAGCGGUUACACGGACCUGCGUGAAAAGCUUAAGUCCAUGACGUCCCGGGACAACUAUAAGGCGGCCGCCGCUGUGGCCGCCGCCGCCGCGGCCGCCGCCGCCGCCGAGCCUUACCCGAUGCCCGGGACCAAGCGCAAGUACCAGGAAGAUUCGGACCCGGAGCGCAGCGACUACGAGGAGCAGCAGCUGCAGAAGGAGGAGGAGGCGCGCAAGGUGAAGAGCGGCAUCCGCCAGAUGCGCCUCUUUAGCCAGGACGAGUGCGCCAAGAUCGAGGCCCGCAUCGACGAGGUGGUGUCCCGCGCCGAGAAGGGUCUGUACAACGAGCACACGGUGGACCGGGCUCCACUGCGCAACAAGUACUUCUUCGGCGAGGGCUACACGUACGGCGCCCAGCUUCAGAAGCGCGGGCCCGGCCAGGAGCGCCUGUACCCACCGGGCGACGUGGACGAGAUCCCCGAGUGGGUGCACCAGCUUGUGAUCCAGAAGCUGGUGGAGCACCGCGUCAUCCCCGAGGGCUUCGUCAAUAGUGCGGUAAUCAACGACUACCAGCCCGGCGGCUGCAUCGUGUCCCACGUGGACCCCAUCCACAUCUUUGAGCGACCCAUCGUGUCUGUGUCCUUCUUUAGCGAUUCCGCGCUCUGCUUCGGCUGCAAGUUCCAGUUCAAGCCUAUCCGGGUGUCGGAACCUGUGCUUUCCCUGCCAGUGCGCAGGGGGAGUGUGACUGUGCUCAGUGGAUAUGCUGCUGAUGAAAUCACUCACUGCAUACGGCCUCAGGACAUUAAGGAGCGCAGAGCGGUCAUCAUCCUCAGAAAGACGAGGUUAGAUGCACCCCGGUUGGAAACCAAGUCACUGAGCAGCUCUGUGCUGCCCCCCAGCUAUGCUUCAGAUCGCCUAUCGGGAAACAACAGGGACCCCGCUCUGAAACCCAAGCGGUCCCACCGCAAAGCAGACCCUGAUGCUGCUCACAGGCCUCGCAUCCUGGAGAUGGACAAGGAAGAGAACCGGCGCUCGGUGUUGCUGCCCACACACCGGAGGAGGGGGAGCUUCAGCUCCGAGAACUACUGGCGCAAGUCCUACGAGUCUGGGGAGGACUGCUCAGAGGCGGCAGGCAGCCCUGCCCGAAAGGUGAAGAUGCGGAGGCACUGAGGCCCCAUCCUCUCUGGAACCUUGGUACUCCUCACGGAGCUGCCCCUUCUUUUGUUUCGUUUUUGAGGGGAUUUUUUUGUUUAUUUGUUUUGAUCCUUACAUUUUUUCCCUCAAUUUUGUUGCCUGGUAAGGCUGAAGAACAGAAUUGGCUGGGACCUGGUUCUCACGUUCUUGGUUUUCUUCCUGGAUGGAAAGGCUGACGGAAGCUUAUGCUGGAGUGGCUAGAAGAGGCAUGGGGGGCAGCCUUCCUCAGGUGGGGCUGUGUCAGGCUGGUUUUAUUUAAAAGCAACAAAAUGUUUUGGUUAAGAAAAUUCUUGUUUUGCUUUCAAUGUAAAUCUCAGUGUUGUAAAUGAAAUUCAGUCUUCUGCCCACCCCUCCCCUAUGUCUCUGCUGGGUUGAGGUCUCCUGGGCCUUGCUGGCUCCACAGGGGUCCUACUGUCCUCCCACCUCUCACCUGCUCUCCAGGCCCCAGAAACUCACGCAAACAUCCUCUUCCUGUUUGCAGAGUCAUUCAGGAUGACUGGACAGGGGCUUCAACAGUGCAAGCCCCUGCACCCCACCCCGGAGUGCUUCCAUGCCCCCUGGCCUCCUCUGCUCAUGGGUCCCUGGCUGCAGUGGUCCUGACCUCUGUUGCUGAGAGCAUGCCUCUUGCUGGGUUGCUCCUUUCAGGCAUCUGCGUGUGAUUGUAUGGAACAGUUAGACUUGCCAUGUUGGGGCAGCUUUAGCAAUUGUUUCUAGCUAGAGGGACUGGUGUCCUUCCAAGUCUAGCAUUUGGGGUAUGGAAAAUUGUGGUGUGUGGUAGGGGUUUUGUUUUGUUUUGAGUUUUUAUUUUUUCCUUUAGUCUUGGCUUUUUCCUUUCCCUUUCCUUUCUCCUACAUGGGCCUUCUCCCCAUGUCAUCCCUAUAGGAAGGGGCCUGCCCCUUCUGUCUGCCUGCAGCGCACACCCAAGGCCAGAACUCAGGCCUGCGGGCUGUGUGUCUCUUCUGCCUCAGGGGUGUGGGAACCAGGGAAGGGGCUUUUAAAAAAUAGUAAUGAAGGGGGGGGGAAUAAAUGAAGUCGUAGGCAGUUUCCACCUACUCAGACCCUCUAAGGCUGCAAGGUUUUGCUGAUCUAGGUUCAUUAGAAAUGUCUCCUUGCCAGCCAGGGCCAAGACCCAGGCCUGCUGAGUGGAGAGGCCUUCCCAAGUCCCCAGGCUGCCACCACCCCAGGGGGGCCUAGGCCCAAGACUGCAGAAAUCUGGGGCAGCCACCACCAAGAAGCCCCUCUCAGGGGCCAGAACUCCUUUGACAGUGUGGAUUCCUCAAGUUGGAACUGCAUAACUAAAGCAGUUGCAGUUUUAUUUUUUUUACAGCUUUUUUCCCCAAAAUGAUUUGUAGUUGUGUGUGUGCAGCACUUUGCCCUGAUAUGUGUGCUCUACAAUAAAAACCAAAUCUAAUAUAUUUUGAAACAGUUGUCUGAUGUUAUCGUAAGAGAGGGCUUGCCUUUGGUGCUUCCUUAAUCCCUUUAUUUACUCCUUAAACUAAGAAUGGGUUGGGAAUGGGCAGAGCUCAUUGCCCACGAGGGCUCCAGAGGAGACAACCUGUUGCUGACACGGCUCAGGGCUGAAGGUGGACUUGCCUCCUGCCUUCUCUCCCCCUCCCAGGAGGAUGGACUUCACAAACCGUGUGUCCAUGUGCUGGGGCACUGUGGGCCCACAGGAGCCAGGACCAUCCCCUGCUGAGUUCUGGAAAGGUGUUCGGAGAGGCCUGUGCCAGUGAAGGAGGGACAGCAUGAGCAGAGGCAGGGGAGAGCCUGGCCUUUGUAGAAGAUCUGCAAGUGGUUUUGCACAUGAAACGAAUUCUCGAGUUCUUAGUAUAUGCCAGCCAAGCCCACACUGUGGCACCAGUAGUGAGCAGAACACUUCUGGUCCCUGGUACAGAUGCAGGCAUGAGGCAGGCAUGCUGGGAUGGACUGGAAUUGAGGCCCAAGGGCUUUCAGUCCCUCCAGAUUCCGGACCUGGCUCUCAGGUUCUGGUCAAGGGCUUUGGUCUAGAGUCUCCCUCGUUCGCUUGCCCAGAGCCAGUCUGCUUGGCCACAUUCUUGCUGUGGAAACCUGGCAAGCCACUUAACUCCCCACUUAACAGAAGAGAAGAGAGCCUAGAGAAAGCAAGUGACUGGCCAGGGCUCAGUCCUGCAAAUUGGUGACAGGACAUAAAGAGGGGAUCAGAGCCUCUGUCUGGCCAGACUGGGCCCUGGAUGCCCCAGAGAGAAGACACGAGCUGAGAGGGAAAGUGACUUGCAAAACAUCAUCCAGACUACAUGGUAGAGGUGGACACCCCCCCACUCUGUGCCUGGUCUCCUGCCUUGGAGCAUGGGAUGGAGGCGCACAUGGACAGCUGGGGAGCUGGGAGGGACUCUUCUGUAGCUGUGAUAAAGCCAGACCUGACCUCUUCCUAGUCGCUGGGUGAAAAGACGCCCUUUGCCCUGCAGGAUUGAGGGAUGGGAGGGGCUCCAGCCCUAGCAGGUCCUGCUGUGUCAUUGGCUUUAGUCACUGCACCUGUACAGUGGCUCCAUGGCACCCCAUCUCUGGGACUGAUAAUCCUCUGAGCAGUCCUCAAGCCUGUGGAGGCCUUAAGGAAGUGGGUCCCAUAACUGAUGCCUGGAAUCUGACUUCCCAGCUAUUUCCUGGGGCACCAGCUGUUUGGGCCAGGUGCUGAGUCUCGUCAGUCUGCCCCCGGUCCAGUCUUGCACAUAGUAGGUGCUAUAUAACAACAUCUGGCGCCAGUAUGCCCACCUGGGAGCCCAUUCCAUUCCUCCAACCCUGUUGUGUGGUGGGGGAAACAGGUCCAAAGUCAUGUUCAUUCAUUCAAAAAAUAUUUGUCCUACUGUGUGCCAAGCUCUGAGCUGGGUGCUGAGGAUACAAGACCUGGUAUAUAUCAAAUACACACAUACAUAUAAUGUUAUAAAUUGUACAGAUAUAAAA